GUGGAGUUAUGGGCAGCGCUUUAAGGAAUGGGUCCGAAACAUAUUUAGUUAGUCACGACAGUUACGAAGAAGAGUUGAAAACACCUUGAUGAUCUCUUGGACAAUCCGCUCCAUAUCUCCUUUAAGUGUCGAAACAAUCUACCUCGAAUCUUGAUUUUUGUCGAGUUUUAUGUUAUUUAUCUGAAGCCUCUCCAGUUGUACAUUUCGUACUGUUCGUUUUUAUAGCAAUACUAAUAAAUAACGUGACUUGGUGAUAAGGAAACAUUGCACUAUAUUUUUGAUUGUUUCUGUCUAUACUAUUUUGCACUAAAAUAUUGGUGAAGAUGCACACCACGCAGAAGGACACGACCUACACGAAGGUUUUUGUCGGGGGUCUUCCGUACCACACCACGGAUUCCAGUCUCAGGAAAUACUUUGAAGUGUUUGGAGAAAUUGAAGAAGCAGUCGUGAUUACCGACCGACAGACCGGCAAGUCCAGGGGGUAUGGAUUCGUAAGUAUCAAUAUAGUAUUUAUUCUUCAUAACACAAACAGGGACCUCACUUGCACUGUCUGUCAAAGGCCUGCAUUAUUUCAAAUGGCAGCAAAUCACGUCAUCGUUAAAGUGGUUGUUGGUUAGGCGACUGUAGGCCUAUUUCUUAAUAUGUGAUGUCCAUUUGAAGUUUUUCAUAAGUAGGUCUGUGUUUUCAGCUCGAAGCGUUCUAUCAUUGAAAACAACUUGUUGCGCCCUGACAUGUUCAGAAGAUGAGUCUUGGGAAGAUGAUGUGCAGAACGUCAUCAUGUCAAUUUCUAUGAGCAUUAAUGAUAGACGGAUAGGCUACUAUAAAACUGGUUUAGUGUCAUGGUACCUCCCUCUUUGCAGCCAUUUAGUUUGACAUUUUAGUCAUUUAGCAGACGCUCUUAUCCAGAGCGACUUACAGUUAGUGCAAACUUUUUUUUUUCAUACUGGUCCCCCGUGGGAAACGAACCCACAACCCUAGCGUUGCAAACGCCAUUCACUACCAACUGAGCUACACCGGACUUUUACGCACAUUUAUGUGAAAUAUUAGCCUGUAGUAUUUGAUGAGUUGAAACGUUUUCCUUGGGUUUCUGGGUGAAGUUAUUUAAAAAAAGACCCUACUACAGCACCAAAAGCUCUUACCUAGUCAUUACUCUCAAAUAGCAUACUUAUAGUCAUCAGCUCAUGUAACCGGUGUGAAAUGGCUAUCUAGUUAGCGGUGCGCGCUAGUAGUGGUUCAAUUGGUGACGUCACUCGCUCUGAGACCUUGAAGUAGUUGUUUCCCUUGCUCUGCAAGGACAGCGGCUUUUGUGGAGCGGCGGGUAACGGUGCUUCGAGGGUGACUAUUGUCGAUGUGAGCAGAGAGUCCGUGGUUCAAGCCCAGGUAGGGGUGAGGAGAGGGACCAAAGCAAAACUGUUACACUCAGCAGCAGUUAAGUUCUUAAAGUAAACUUAUCCUCAGAGAAAAACAAUGUAUGGUACUGACAUCAAGAGGUUCAAUUAUUUUGAGUGAAUGAGUAUCUAUGGCCAGAGAUGGUGUUGUAUCCAGUUUCUCCUCUGAAAAACAAGGAAAGAACUCAUCAGGAGCUUAGAGCCAACCUAGAACUCAUCAGGAGCUUAGAGCCAACCUAGAACUCAUCAGGAGCUUAGAGCCAACCUAGAACUCAUCAGGAGCUUAGAGCCAACCUAGAACUCAUCAGGAGCUUAGAGCCAACCUAGAACUCAUCAGGAGCUUAGAGCCAACCUAGAACCAAAUAUCUCAACUUACUAUAAGUAGUGGUGGUUAUCGAUCUUUUCAAAAUAUUGACUGACAGUUGGGUCGUGUGUGAUAUCCAUAUUUUCUCUAAUAUUUGCCUCUUUAGCUAAUGAAUAUGAACUUCGGCGAGUCUUUAUCGUACAUGUUUACCAUCCCCCUCACACUUCUUCUUCACCACUUCUUCCCUGUGCUCUCUCCCUCUCUGUGUGUCCCUGCAGGUGACGAUGGCAGAUCGCUCGGCUGCAGACAGGGCCUGUAAAGAUCCCAACCCCAUCAUUGAUGGCAGGAAAGCCAACGUCAACCUGGCGUACCUGGGGGCCAAGCCACGGGUGAUGCAGCCAGGUAAACACACACACACACACACACACACACACACACACACACACACACACACACACACAGAUACCUAUAGGUGAAGUAUACUUAACUUAAGCAACAGUACCUGUUCUGUAUGAUAAUGUUCUGAGAACAUUGAGGCUGUUAGUUCUACAGAACAUGCCCCAGGUCUCAUCUUAUUUUUAUAUCCAUAUUGUCCACAUUUUUUCCUCGCAAAUCAUGCCUGGUACAGAAUACUUUCAUGAUGAUCCCAAAGCUUAUUAAUCAUUCUGUCACAUAAAUAUGGAAAUUAAUGUGUUCAAUACAUGAUUCAGGAUGUCCCGAUGUGUCUAGAAUGCACUGAACCUUUGCGUCCCAAAUGGCACCCUAUUCCCUAUAUAGUGCCCUACUAUGGGCCCUGGUCAAAAGUAGUGCACUAAAAAGGCAAUAGGGUGCCAUUUGGGACUCAGACAAUGACAUUAAUAAGAAUAUCAAUUCAUUUUGACCAUUCCUCAUCUCCAUUCAGGUUUCACUUUUGGUGUUCCACAAAUUCAUCCUGCCUUUAUCCAAAGGCCUUAUGGGUAAGUACUGAUGCGUCUUUGUGUUGAGGGGAUGGUUGGGUGUUGAUGAGUUUACAAAUGACCUCAUCAUCAGUGAAAACCUAUAUGAAACCUCAUAACCUCUAAUGUUAUUUAUAAUAUAUUAAAGCCAAUGUCUCUCAUUUGGCGAAAGUCUAGCAUUGUUAGACAUGUUCAUACAAUGACAUGUUUAUAUAAUUGUUUUGUGCUUUGUCCUAUUUUUCUCCAUACUUAUAUGAUUACAGUGCAUGAUAAUUAUGUUGAGGAAAAAAAAAAACAGUUCCACAAAUCCUCUUUCUUUUUAUCACGGACUACAAAGUUGACCACCAUAUCAAUUUAAGGUUUGUGUGAGUGAAAGAGAAUGUGUGUGUUCAUAGUAUGAGUGUUUGUUUGUAUGCGCAUGUGUGUGUGUUAUGUGUUGAGUACAACUGAUGGAAAGUUACAGCCUCAAUGACUCAAUGUUAUCUAUCUCUCUCUGGUCCGACAGGCUCGAUAUGGGUUAACAUAACUGGUGGUUUCAGGAUUAGUUCUGUGGGCAUGUCACAGAUCAGACCAGGGAAUUACCUGUAAUCUCAAACACACACAAACAAGCUCAAAUGGUGAUUAUAGAUGCAUGUACGUUGGUUUUACAUUUUGGUUUUGAGUUUACAUUUUUUAUUUUGAAUAGCAAUUAGAGCUUUGUGUGCUUUUUUACUGUUAUGAAGUGGUGUUGAUAGCUAAACCAUGUGCUUUCUAUUUCAUAACCAAACAAAGCUGUUUUGACGAUAUUUGGGGUGUUCUUUUCCGUUUUUGUGGAAGAGUGUUGACUUUGCCAGGGGGAGAAAAGUUUGUUUACAUUUCUUUAUUUGAUUUGAUGCUUUUGUGCUGUAGCUUGUGGUUUACCUUUUCUUUGGUAACAGGAUGUUCUAUAUGUGUUGUUGGAGUGAGGGACGAUUUUCUGUGUGCUUAUUCUCUCUCUCUCUCUCUCUCUCUCUCUCUCUCUCUCUCUCUCUCUCUUUCACUCUCACUCUCACUCUCACUCUCACUCUCUCAUUACAUCCAUCUCCUUCCAUCUAUCUACUUCAUUCUUCUGGGCCGACUCUCAGGAGAGCUGCUGUUUAUCAUUCAGAGAUGAGGAUGUCUGUUCACACAGUGAAGAAGAGAAGAGUGAGAGAGAGGUCCAUGACUAGACUGUAAAUUGACAGUCGUCACCAACCUUAUCCCUUACAGGACACUGGUGACAGAUGAGGGAAAGUAAUCCAAGGCUAGUAGUUUAGUUGAAGCAGAACACCUACUAACAUGUGUGCUUCUGUUAGUGUGUAUGGGUGUUUGUGUGUAUACGUGUGUUUGUUUGUAUUUGUCUGACCAUACUAUUGUGUGUGUGUGUGUGUGUGUCCUUUCUUGUGUAGUCCAGUCCAGUGGUAGAGCAGUGCACCAAGGUCUCUACUGUGACACAAACAAAUGUCUGGAUGCCACAGCCUCUGAACAAGCUUUCGUCACAUGGGCCUGCAGCGUUAAGGAAAACAAGCUUCUCCAUUGUGCCGCACAAAGGCUGGAGUGCUGACACUGCAGUCGCAUGAAGCCUAUACUGGUAGCGGGGCGUGGGGCUAAGCAGGGGGGCUGAGCAGGGGGGCUGGGGCUCUCUCCGUCAUGUUGGGAUGGGACGCUCUUUAAAAACAGCAGGCCCAACACAUGGAGGCUGGAGGCCCCAGGGAGGUUUAAAGGGCCACAGACACAUCCAGACAGUGCCACCUAUGUGCCACCUAUGCUUUCCAACACAUGUAGGAGGCCCAAUGCUGCAGACAAACGGUUUGUCCCAAAUGGCACCCUAUUCGCUGUAUAGGCCAUUACUUUUGACAAGGGCCUGAUGAAUGCACUAUAUAGGGAAAAUGGUGCCAUUGGGACACACCGAUAGAUGCUGUGGGAGGGUAGCAACCAGCUCCAUGGCUAUCACCACACUAGGUAUGAGUCUCACCUAUGAUAUGAUCCCAACACAUGCAGGAGGCUUGAUAGAUAGGUUUAAAGCAGAGGAGGCUAGUGGGAGGAGCUAUAUGAGGACAGGCUCAUUGUAAUGGCUGGAAUGGAAUUAAUGGAACAGUAUCAAACAUAUGGAAAUCUAGUUUGACUCCGUUCCAUUAGUUCCAUUCCAGCCAUUACAGUGAGCCCAUCCUCCUAUAGUUCCUCCCACCAGCCUCCUCUGAUGGGUACUAGGUAGAUAGGCCUACAGCAUGUAGCAGUACGUACAGGUCUGGGAUCAGGCUACUGUUUGAGGCUGUAGCAACCAGAUCCAUAGUUCUUAUUAAUUAUCGCCCCUCUACGCUUCUCAAAUUUAACUGUAGCAUGACUGGUUGUUUCUCAGCUCCUAAUGCAACAGAAUCCCAAUGGUUCUAAUGUGUUGGAGAACAACAGGUGUGUACUCCUAAACUCCCUGCAUCCCCUCCACUAUCCCCCCUCUCUGGUCAAAUAUGUCACCCAUCUGACAUGUGAUUGAAACAGAUCUUUAUUUAGCCUUGAACUUUACCGACCGCUGGUCAGAAGGACCACAACAUUCCAGACACAGAAAGAUAAUAUAUUUACACAGAGCAUUGAGACACACAGUAACCCUAGUAUUUUUAACCUUGCUUGUAUCUCUAGGGAAAAGAGGGCAUUUAGAUGGGAGUCAGAGGGUAGCCAGUGCUUCCCAUGAUUAACACCGUCACGGAAGUGAAUCCAGGCAGAUGAGUGGAUUUGGUGUGUGUGUGUGUGUGUGUGUGUGUGUGUGUGUGUGUGUGUGUGUGUGUGUGUGUGUGUGUGUGUGUGUGUGUGUGUGUGUGUGUGUGUGUGUGUGUGUGUGUGUGUGUGUGUGUGUGUGUGUGUGUGUGUGUGCGUGUGUGCGUGUGUGCGUGUGUUUGUUAGGUGACACAGCAUUUGCCAACAUAUAAGAGGUUUAUGCUGUUGGAGAUGGAGAAACAGGUUGUGGUAGUCUAAUGUUGAAUGAGAUUAGGAAGGAUUUUAGUUUUAUUUUAUUUCACCUUUAUUUAACCAGGUAAGCCAGUUGAGAACAAGUUCUCAUUUACAACUGCGACCUGGCCAAGAUAAAGCAAAGCAGUGCGAUAAAAACAACAACACAGAGUUACAUAUGGGGUAAAAAAAAAACAUAAAGUCAAAAAUACAACAGAAAAUAUAUAUACAGUGUGUGCAAAUGGAGCAAGUUAUGGAGGUAAGGCAAUAAAUAGGCUAUAGUGCAAAAUAAUUACAAUUAGUAUUAACACUGGAAUGCUAGAUGUGCAAGAGAUUAUGUGCAAAUAGAGAUACUGGGGUGCAAAAGAGCAAAAUAAAUAACAAUAUAGGGAUGAGGUAGUUGGGUGGGCUAAUUUCAGAUGGGCUGUGUACAGGUGCAGUGAUCGGUAAGGUGCUCUGACAACUGAUGCUUAAAGUUAGUGAGGGAGAUAAGAGUCUCCAGCUUCAGAGAUUUUUGCAAUUCGUUCCAGUCAUUGGCAGCAGAGAACUGGAAGGAAUGGCGGCCAAAGGAGGUAGGAUAGAGGGAGAGGGAGAAGGACAAGAUAGGUGAAUAAAGGUAGGGUGGGAUAUGAGCCCAGAUGAGUUCUAGGGGUGGGAACAUACCACAGUAAGUCAUAUGUAGGAUGACAGGCAAGCAGAAAAUAGCUGGGGCCCAGCCUCCAGCCUCUCCUGUCAAUCACACAUGAGGCCAGGCAACAAAGAGCAUGUCUGAGACCAGAUCCACAUUACAGGAAUGUCGUCAUGACUACUUAUGGAAACCAUACUUGUGUAGGACUUAUUGGUAUUUUUCUAUAAUGUACUUUACAUUGAUGUAUAUUUAUAGAAAAAAUAACAUAGGGAUGAAACUCUCUUGGGCAGUGAUUGCUUCAAACGGUCUAAUGCAGGCUAACAAUCAUGGGCCGUUUUAACAUCUCUGUCUUCUUCAAACGUUGUAUGUGUCCCAAAUGGCACCCAAUUCCCUAUAUAGUGCACUACUGUUGACCAGAGCCCUAUGGGCUGGUCAAAAGUAGUGCACUUUAAAGGGAAUAGCAUGCCAUUUGGGAUGCAGCAUUUAUUUCCAACAAUAGCAUGUUUCACCACCAUUGAAACAUACCAGUUGAAUGCUGUCAUUUAAUUCUCUACAUUUGCAAAUAUAGUGCUAUUAAAGAGCACCUUUAUUCUGUGUUGUAACUGCAUAACAUAUUUCAUGUGUGGUGUGAAAGAGCUUAAUUUUGUGCCGGUUUUCCCCAUACUGUAAGAAAUAAUAGUUUUUCCAAAAAGAGAUGAAAACAGCAUUUCAAAAUACCUGUUUGAUCCAACUUUUGACACCAUGCUCGCGUCCCAAAUGUUAUCAUAUUACCUAUAUAGUGCACUACCUUGGACCCUAUGGGGAUGCAUCCCGUGUUUUAAUAUAGCUAGUAAUGGGGAGGCACAACAAUGGCCAGCUUUGACAUGUGUACAUCAUACAGAACUAAGAAUGCCUACAAGGGACAUUUCAUUACAAGGUGUUUGUUGAGGAAUUUCCCAAAAGUGUCUUAAUGUGUUUUAAUUCUGCUAUCUGUGAUUUAUAGUGGGUAGGGCAGUCUAGACUUGUGAGUUGUUUUUCGGUGGACACUGCAUUUUGUUGUUUCGUUGUGAAACCAUCCUUUGCGUGCCUGUGUUUGUGUGUGUUUGAGAGAGUUUUUCUUUGUAGUGGCCCUUGUGUGUCGUGCUGUGUGUGUGUGUGUGUUGUGUUGUGUGCGUUUGUUGUGGUCUGUGUACAUCCUGUGUGUGUGUGUGUGUGUUGUUGUUGCGUUUUGUUCUGUUGUGUAUCGUUCAGCCUGUGAGUGUGUGUGUGUGUCUCCAGCCUGUGUUAUGACUGUAACACUGUGCUGAGGCAGCAGCGUGCCAGCAGGCCAGGCCGAGGCAUCUGCUAAGGACGUGAUGUCAUAGGAGCGGCUCUAACCUCUGACCCCUGAGUGAUAGAGCUGCACUGGAUAUUUUAUUUUCCUUUCUUUUUAUUUGAUCCUUUUGUUUCUUUUCUUUUUGUUUCUUUCAGUGAGUGGUUGUGUUUGUGCUGUGUUGGUGAUCCAUGUGGACCGAGUUUCAUUUUUUGUCUUUGACGCCUGUGUUUGUAGAAUUGCUGUUGUAUUUUCCUGUUUCCUCUUUGGGGCCGGUGUUUUGAGAUGUGAUUGGUUGGAUAGUGGAGUGCUGACAAUAGGGUUGCCACGAUAGAUCUUGUCUUUCGUUUCUCCAAUCCAGAUUCCAAACUGUAUGACUGUACAAAAGAUUCCUCUCUCCAUCUUGUUUCUUAUUGGCUUAAUUGAUGUCAGUAUUUAUUUGGUCCAAUCAAAUGUUAGGUUGUUUCUCAAGAGAUUUUAAUUAUCUGUUGACAACAUCAUCACAUCAUGCACAUCAUUCCAGACCAUUACAAAUCCACACCAGACCACAACUCAUUGAAACUCAACACUGACAAUUGAUCAAAUGGUGAUAAGCCAAUAUAAAAGUUAUGUCAAUCAUUAUGUAAACACUGAUUAGGUUACUCAGUCUUAUCUUACUGAAUCAUAAACUUGACUCCAAUUAACACCAGUUUAGUUUUUUGAGGAAUGUCAUUCAUGAUCCUGUGUAGCUCAGUUGGUAGAGCAUGGCGCUUGCAAUGCCAGGGUUGUGGGUUCAAUUCCCACGGGGGACCAGUAUAAAAAAAUGUAUGCACUCACUAACUGUAAGUCGCUCUGGAUAAGAGCAUCUGCUAAAUGACCAACAAAAAAAAAAAUGAUUUCCCCAUCCAGGUCAACAGCUUGGGUUUUCUCCCCCAUCAUCAUGCUAGCAGAUAGCGCUAGAGAGAGCGAGCCGAGCCUCACGGCCGGGAUAUGUCAUGAAUGUGCUCAUUGUUCCUGAUUGCUUAUUUAAUGAAAAUGUCCCCCUGAGUGCAGCUAGCCAAGCACCCGGCCCGGGGCUCUUUGUCUAAGCACAGAGGGGGAAACAGCCAGCAGUGUCCUUUUUGAAAACUGUCCAGCUGUCAAAGUGGCAGUGACAUUUUCACAAUGCCCCCCUCAUCUCAUCUCCUCUCCUCUCCCCCUCUCUCCCUCCCAGCGGUGCUUGUGAGCCUCCCUCCCCUCCUCUGUUCCCUCUCUCAACUAGGAAUGGCAGCAGGGCCAAAUCCACAUGUGACCAAGCACACACAAACCAGGUUCUCUCCUCUCUCCAUCUCUGGAUUGUCUCUCAAAGACUGCAUCAAUGGGUCACUGAAAACCCAAAAUGUCUUCCUAUCCCUUAUCAGAGGACUAAACACCUCUGAGCUUUGAACACCUCUCACCAACCCAUUUUUUUGUCCCACAGAGAGAUCUCUAUUUUGGCAACCCUAUAUCUCUAAUAGCUACUAGCAAGCAUCUCCGUGGUGUUAUUGACUGGUGAUUGAUGUGUUGGGGGGCGCUUGGCUGCAGUGUGGUUGGGUUGGCUGUGGUUGGUUCUGCUGUCAAGCUGGGGGUUUGCUGUCUGUCAGUGGCUGUGUAAGGCCAGGUCUGUGAUCUCUACCUCUAACUCCCUGUCUGUUUCUGUCCUGCAGGAUCCCUGCUCAUUAUGUGUACCCUCAGGCCUUCAUGCAGCCAAGCACCAUGGUCAUCCCUCACGGCAUGCAGCCCAGUGCCGCCUCCACCGCCUCCUCACCGUACAUCGACUACACCGGAGCCGCCUACGCACAAUAUUCCGCCGCAGCUAGCGCUGCCGCCGCAGCCUACGAGCAGUAUCCCUACGCUGCCUCCCCUGCGGCGGCCGGGUACGUAACUGCGGCCGGUUACGGCUACGUUCAGCAGCCCCUGGCUACGGCCGCACCGGGGUCAGCCGUCGCUGCAGCCGCAGCUUUUGGUCAGUAUCAGCCUCAGCAGCUGCAAGCUGACCGCAUGCAAUAG